AUGGCCGCCGCCGCCGUCGCCGUCGCCGCUCCUUCCUGCCCCGCGCCUCCGCGCGGGCUCCGCUGCGCCAAGACGGUGCCUUUUCCCUCCGCCACCGCAUCCAGCCGCGGAAGGGUCGUCUAUGGCUCCUCCUACGCCCGCCGGUGGCAGUGCCGCCGCUGGGCCCACCGGCCGGACGCUGCGACGGCGCGGAUCCGGCGGCCAACGGCGGGCCGCACGGCGGUAGUGAGGGUGAGCUGCGCCUACUCCCCCGGCGCUGAAACAAUCACCGCAUGCUCUUGGAAUGAAUAUGUGAUCUGCAGUGAUGUACCUGUGCUUAUUGAGUUUUGGGCCUCCUGGUGUGGACCUUGCAGAAUGGUCACACGGAUUGUCGAUGAGAUAGCACAAGAAUAUGCUGGGAGAAUAAAAUGCUAUAAGCUUGACACUGACGAUUACCCACAGGUUGCUAGAGCUUACAGCAUCGAUAGGAUUCCAACUGUUUUACUCUUCAAGGAUGGAGAAAAAAUACAUAGUAUUACCGGGACACUGCCAAAGGCUGUUUAUGUGAAAGCCAUUGAGAAAUCUAUUGCAGAACAAUGA